AUGCUCGACUAUCUCAUCAUUGGCGCUGGGCCAACAGGGCUUUGUGCUGCAAAGACAAUUCUUGAGUGUGAGCCGGAGGCCAAAAUCAAGAUUCUAGAUGCGAACCAAACUCUCGGUGGUGUGUGGUCCAAACAAAAUAUCUAUCCAAGCCUCAAGACGAACAAUCUCCGCGGUGGCAUCGACUUCUCGGACUUCCCCAUGCACGAUGGAUUCGGCAUUCGACAUGGUCAACACCCCACUGGCGAAGUCAUGCACGAGUACUACAAGGCCUACGCUGAGCGGUCCAGCCUGUUGAGCAUCAUCGACUUUGAAACACAGGUCGGCGACAUCUCGCGGCUUGCGGACGCAAAGGGCUGGCUUCUCAAGACCACCACUUCCGGAGGCACCGGCGACGCCUCAGGGACCGAGUACACCACCAAGAAACUACUUGUCGCCACCGGCAUCACCAAUCUCCCGCACCGACCGACCCUCAAGGGCGCCGAGGUCUUUGGAGGUCCGAUCAUCCAUUCAGCGGAGCUGGGCUCUAAGGGAGACCUGCUCUUUGCGAACGAGAACGUGAAGACGGUGGCUGUCCUCGGUGGCGGCAAGUCGGCGUACGAUUCCGUCCAGGUCGCAGGCAAAGCAGGCCGAAACGUGGAAUGGAUCAUCCGCAAGUCAGGCAAAGGGCCCGAAUGGGUGUUUCCGAGCCACACGAAGAUCGGCCCGUUUACGGUCCCGCGAGAGUUUCUCCCGUCACGACGCGCCGUGUCCUUCUUCAGCCCGUGCCUGUGGGACGAUGGCUUCAGCAAGCUCCGAUACCUCCUGCACUCGACGUCCAUUGGUAAAAUCAUUGCACAAAAGUUCUGGGGUAACCUUCACGCGGCGACCAUCCAAGAUUGCGGCAUACGGAAUGACGAGCGCACCAAAGUUCUAGAGCCAGAGCAGAGCCCCUUCUGGUACGGCACCGCGUCAGGCGUGUACAACUUCGAAAAGGACAUCUACGAGAUGAUCAAGUCUGGACAGGUCCGCGUGCACCGUGAAGACAUUUCCCACCUGUCCGAAGGCCACAUCACAUUCACGUCCUCCUCCUCUCCUUCUUCGUCCUCUGAUCCCGAUCCCGGUCCCGCGGCUGCCAGUGAGGCCCACUCGAUCCAAGUCGACGCUCUGAUCACGGCGACGGGAUUCUCGGCCAAACCGACCGUGACCUUCACCCCGACGUCGACGCACAGCGACCUCGGCAUCCCCUCUACGACGUUCACGCGAGGCCAGCAUGAAUUCUGGUCCACGCUCGACGGCGCCGCCGACGAAAAGCUCUCGCGGGCCUUCCCCCGUCUCGUGUCCGGGCCGUUUGCCUCCCCGAGCAGCGACACGGUGAAGCCGUACAACGCCGGCAUCGACCCGGAGACCAACUACACCCCCUUCCGGCUGUACCGGGGCAUCGCGCCUCCGGGGCCCACGGCCAACGGCACGCGCGACCUCGUCUUCAUCGGCAUGUUCAGCAACCUGGCCAACACCCCCCGGUGCGAGCUGCAGUGUCUCUGGGCGUACGCCUACCUGAGCGGCAGUCUCGCCAUCGACCCGGACGCGGUGUACGACGAGGCGGCGCUGAUGUCGCGGUUCGCCCGCUUCCGCGCGCCCUUCGGCCACGGUCGCUUCUUCCCGGACCUCGUCUUCGACCAGGUUCCCUACAUGGACACGCUCCUGCGGGACCUCGGGCUCAAGUAUUGGCGCAAACCGAGUUUUGUGCGGGAACUCUUCGAGCCAUACCGGGCCGCCGACUACGAGGGCGUGGUCAAGGAAUGGUUGGCGACGAAGCCUGGCCGGUGUGCAAGCCUGGCCUCACAUGACGCCGGUGCUGCUCACGGCGCCACCAACAGUGGACACGAGGAGACGCCGCUUCUCAAGAACAAGGGCGUUUGA